AUGAUCACUGUUUGGGUGACACUUUUACUUAUUACUAUAGGACCAAGUUAUCAAUAUAAUUAUUCGUGUGAUUCAAGUGCAACUUGUGGAUGUUCGUCUAGAUCAACAAGAGUUACUCGUAUUGUUGGUGGAGAAACAGCAGGAGCAAACAAUUGGGGUUGGGUUGUGUCCAUAGAAGUUGAGACUACUGGCGAUCGUGUUAAACUAUGUGGUGGAUCUAUUUUAUCAAGCACAUGGAUCAUUACAGCAGCACAUUGUAUGAGUGGCGCUACAGCAUCGAAAGUAACUGUUUAUGCUGGCUCAAAUGCUAAACAUGCUGGUCAAUCUCGAGUAGCAUCUACUAUUACUGUACAUCCAAGCUAUAAUAGUAAUACUAAAGUUAAUGAUAUUGCUUUAAUAAAGCUUAGCACUCCAUUAACAAUGUCUACGGCAGUAAAGCCUGUUUGUAUACCAUCUGUAUCUUCGGCUACAUUAGCUGCCGGUGAAUGGCCACCAGCUAAUCUAUAUGUUGUUGCAGUUGGAUGGGGUUUGUUGCAGGAAACUGGUUCAUCACCAUUAUAUCUUCAACAAGUAACCUUACAAAUAAUUGACUAUCUUGCUUCGACUUGUUCAAUUAUAUUAGAAGAUCCACAAAAACAACUUUGUGCUGGUGUUCCAGGUGGUAGAAAAGGUACUUGCCAAGGUGAUUCAGGAGGUCCUCUAAUGAUGUUUACAACGAGCAAUCAAUGGGAACUAGUUGGUUUGAUCAGUUAUGGUUCUAAAUGUGCAGAAGCAGAGGCUAUGGGAGUUUAUACGCGUGUAGCUUAUUAUCAAAGUUGGAUAAAACAAACAACGAGUAAUGCAUAUAUAAAUCCAACAUCUUCAGAUUCAGCAAAAAUUGCUCCUUCAAAUUCUACAUGGGAUAAUAUAUUCAGUUCUUCUUCGUCAUUCAUGUUUUUUUUACUUCUUUUCACUUUAUUUUUUCUCAUCUAUUUAUAA